AUGAAGUCAUUCUCUUACUUUCUCUUCAUUUCUGUACUUCUCCUCCUGAUCUCCACGAAAACCCUAGCUCAGACACUGGCACAACCACCUGCACCAGCUGGUCCGACCAACAUAACGAAAAUCCUCGAAAAGGCCGGCCAGUUCACGACACUGAUCAGGAUUAUGAAGACCACACAAGUAGGUGAUCAGAUAAAUACGGCGCUUAACAAUUCAAACCAGGGGUUAACUGUAUUUGCACCAACUGAUAAUGCAUUUGCCAGCCUCAAAUCAGGAACCCUAAAUUCCCUAAGUGACCAGCAGAAAGUUUCGUUACUGCAAUUUCAUAUUUUGCCUAAUUUUCUUACAAUGUCACAGUUUCAAACUGUGAGCAAUCCAUUGAGGACUCAAGCUGGGGACAGUGUCGAUGGGGAGUUCCCUCUAAACGUUACCACAUCUGGCAACCAAGUCAAUGUGUCCACAGGUAUAAAUGAUGCCACAGUGGCCAACACAAUUUAUACAGACAACCAAUUGGCAGUGUAUGAAGUAGACAAGGUGCUUCUUCCUUUGAAGAUUUUUGCUUCUCCGGCUCCUGCCUCAGCCCCAGCCCCAUCUUCCCCAAAGCUUAAGAAGAAGACUCCGGUGGCCGACAGCCCUGUGGUGGGCACUGAUUCCUCGGCCGCUACCGGCGGAGAUGUCCUUGCCAUGCAUGGCAUUUUGCAGAUGGUGGCCUUUGGAGUUGCUAUGGUUGCAACACAUUGGUUGUGA